AGACCCGUGAAAUUUUUGCUUUUCUCCAGAUAAGAGUCUAAGACAUUCAGUUUGAUACGUUGGAUUGGAUUUAGGAGAAAUUUGAAAUUAAAAUGAAGUUUAGGGGACCCAAUUUCGACAAAUUAAAGUAUAGUGGCUCAAUUGAAAUAUUGCUGAAAUUUACCCAAAUUUGGACACUCAGAACUCACUAGCCUUCUAUUCCUCCGUUAAUAUUACCGCCAAAUCUUGACGGGGCGUUACCGUCAAAACUCUCAAAUUACAGGACUAACCGCCCAAAAAUGGACUCUUCGCUUCUUCGGUAUGAAGCUUAUAUACACGGAAAGAAACACAGAAUCAAUCCAUGCCAGCUACUUCACUUCAAAGCUCUCUCUCUCUCUCUCUCUAAAAUAAAUAAACAGAGAAUCAAAUUCAAAAGAAGCAAAAUAAGAUGGAUUCACAAGAAAAAGAGGAAGAAAUUUCCUUACCCUAUGAUAUCUACUACAAUCUGAUUCCAGAAGACCAUAAAGAUCUCUUCUGCGAAUACUUCAAUGCCGAAGAGGAAUUCAUGCCGCCUCCGUUCUAUGCUAAAAUACAUCUAUUCCGUUCAUUUCGCCGUUACGCCAUUAUGUUUAUGGAACAGAACUCCAAACGUGAGAAAUUUGACGCAUUCAUACCGUACUUGGCAGUAGCCUACAUGGAUCGAUUCAUUUCAACUUAUGAUAUCCCGGAAGUGAUUCCAGGAUCUCCCAAGCGAAACACUUAUCUUUUUCUGACCUGUUGCCUCUCGAUUGCUUCGAAGAUGAGAAAUGACGAUUUUAAAAUCAGGCAACUUCUGGACACAGGAAACCCUCUGUUUAGGUACAAAAUGGAGGAGGUAUCUAAAAUGGAGUUGUCAAUUUGCUGCCAACUGAAAUGGAAAAUGCGAUAUAUAACUCCGAUUUUCUUCGUGGACUACUUCAUCAAUCGCUUCCACAUCCUGUCACCUACACAUCCAGUGAUCCCGCGCCGUUCUGUUCAUCAGAUCAUUAUCAAGUCUCAAGCAGUUAUGAAACUCACACAGUACAGGCCAUCGAUUGUGGCCGCUUUAGCUGUUCUGGUUGCUUCCUCUAGGCUAUAUCCGGCUAACAUUGUUGAGUUCACAUGCCUCAUUUCAUUUUAUCCACCCUAUUUAAUGAACACCAUGGGAAUACUGAAUGAGGCGUUAAGAUCCAUUAAGAAGAUAAAGCUGGAUCCAUCUGAGGAAGCUUCCAGUUCAUCUGCAGGGCCAUCAGGCGUGAAGAAGAGCACUGUAGAUAAAAUCCCGCGGGAUCCAGAUGGUCCAAUGGAUUUCAAGCUGGAUUGGAUAGGAUUGACCUGGGGUGAGCUCGACAAGGGUUUUGAUCCCAUAUCGAUUAUAAGAGCCUAUGAAUGUUACUUCUGUCUCUUUAGCUGAAGAAAUUUAAGCACUGAAAGAAGAAUGAGAGAAAAAUCAAGAACCUAACAUUUUUUGUAUGUUUUCAAAAAAAUCAAACACUAAACAAAUAUUUGGAAGGAUAUAUAGCUUAUGUCAUAUUAGGAUCCACAAAUUUAUGCAAUUACUUUUUGAUUGUUUUUCA